UCCUUCCCGGGCCGGCUGGGCGCGCCAGAGGCGCCUGCGCCUUGGCUGCAGGUCGGUUGCUGGGUAACCGCGUCAGGGAGUUGGAUUCUGUCCUGCAAGGGCACGGGGACCCACAACGACGGCUGUCCCUAAAGAACACUUGCGACUGGUAGUUGAAGUGGAGAGUCCAGAUUUCUUGUGUGUGGUCAAGGAGACGGACAAACUUUUUGUCUUCAGACGAGGGAGCGUUUUGUAGACUCUCCAGGGGUUGAGAUGCUUCCUGCUUCUGCGAAGGCUCCCCAUAAACAGUCUCGUAAGCAGAGCAUCAGCAUAGGCAGAGGAACCAGGAAGAGAGAUGAAGAUUCAGGGACUGAAGUGGGAGAAGGCACAGAUGAAUGGGCCCAAUCCAAAGCCACAGUUAGACCCCCUGACCAGCUGGAGUUGACCGAUGCGGAGUUAAAGGAGGAGUUCACUCGGAUUUUGACAGCCAACAACCCACACGCACCCCAGAACAUUGUCAGGUACAGCUUCAAAGAAGGCACAUAUAAGCCUAUUGGCUUUGUGAACCAACUGGCAGUUCACUACACCCAGGUUGGGAACCUGAUCCCCAAAGACUCAGAUGAAGGACGGCGGCAGCAUUAUCGUGAUGAGUUGGUGGCAGUAUCCUACCAAGGUUCUCAGGAGUCUGCCAAGGUGAUUUCAGAAACAGAAAACCUCGAAGAAGAUGAAGAGCCCAAGGAGUUAGAAACUGAGUCUGGCAGUCAAACAGAUGUGCCUGCAGCUGGGGCAGCUGAAAAAGUGACUGAAGAAGAAUUGAUGACUCCUAAGCAGCCCAAAGAGCGAAAGCUCACUAACCAGUUCAACUUCAGUGAGAGGGCCUCACAGACGUUCAACAACCCUCUCCGGGAUCGAGAAUGCCAGAUGGAACCUCCUCCCAGGACAAACUUUUCAGCCACAGCCAAUCAGUGGGAGAUCUAUGAUGCCUACGUAGAGGAACUUGAGAAGCAGGAAAAGACCAAAGAGAAAGAGAAGGCAAAGACUCCGGUGGCUAAAAAGUCAGGGAAGAUGGCCAUGAGGAAGCUGACAUCUAUGGAGUCUCAGACUGAUGAUAUCAUCAAAGUGUCCCAAGCUGCUAAGAUCGUGGAGCGGAUGGUCAAUCAGAAUACAUACGAUGACGUUGCUCAAGAUUUUAAGUACUAUGAGGAUGCGGCUGAUGAAUACCGGGACCAGGUGGGUACCCUGCUGCCGCUCUGGAAGUUCCAAAAUGACAAAGCCAAGCGCCUGUCCGUCACCGCCCUCUGCUGGAAUCCAAGGUACAGGGAUCUGUUUGCAGUGGGACAUGGCUCUUAUGACUUCAUGAAGCAGAGCCGGGGCAUGCUGCUGCUCUACAGCAUGAAGAACCCCAGCUUCCCUGAGUACAUGUUCAGCAGCGACAGCGGCAUCAUGUGUCUUGACAUCCACAUGGACCACCCCUACCUGGUGGCAGUGGGCCACUAUGACGGCAACGUGGCCAUUUACAACCUCAAGAAGCCCCACUCCCAGCCCUCCUUCCGCAGCUCAGCCAAGUCUGGCAAGCACUCGGACCCUGUGUGGCAGGUCAAGUGGCAGAAGGAUGACAUGGACCAAAACCUUAACUUCUUCUCUGUGUCAUCUGACGGCAGGAUUGUGUCUUGGACUCUCGUGAAGAGCGAGCUGGUUCACGUAGAUGUUAUCAAGCUGAAGGUGGAAGGCAGCACCACGGAAGUUCCUGAGGGGUUGCAGCUGCACACAGUGGGUUGUGGCACUGCCUUUGACUUCCACAAAGAGAUUGACUACAUGUUCCUAGUGGGCACAGAGGAGGGAAAAAUCUACAAGUGCUCUAAAUCCUACUCCAGCCAAUUCCUCGACACCUAUGACGCCCACAACAUGGCAGUGGACGCUGUGUCCUGGAACCCAUACCACACCAAGGUCUUCAUGUCCUGCAGCUCCGACUGGACAGUGAAGAUCUGGGACCACACCAUCAAGACUCCGAUGUUCAUCUAUGACCUGAACUCAGCCGUGGGUGAUGUGGCCUGGGCGCCAUACUCUUCUACUGUGUUCGCAGCAGUCACCACAGAUGGGAAGGCCCACGUGUUUGACUUGGCCAUCAACAAGUAUGAGGCCAUCUGCAACCAGCCUGUGGCGGCCAAAAAGAAGAACAAGAUCACCCACGUGCAGUUCAAUCCCAUCCACCCCAUCAUCAUUGUGGGCGAUGACCGUGGGCAUAUCAUCUGCCUCAAGCUCUCACCCAAUUUGCGCAAGAUGCCAAAGGAAAAGAAGGGGCAGGAGGUGCAGAAGGGUCCAGCUGUGGAGAUUGCGAAACUGGACAAACUGCUGAAUCUGGUGAGGGAAGUGAAAAUCAAGACCUGAGGGCCCAGCCUCAGCCUCUGUCCCAUCGCUUGAAUCCAGUACUCCUAGGGCUUAACCCUGGUACCCAGUCCAGCCUUAGCACCCAGCAUGUGACCCCACUCCUGAUCAGGUCCCAGCAUCUUCCCUUCUUAUUCUGCUCCUUAAGGUCCCAGCACCUUACUCCAGGACUUGGUCUUCAACCACCAUUACCCCUCUAACUUUGCACAAAUAAACCUGUCUAGAAACCCAC